UUUGUGCCGCUUAAAGCGCUCUUUAGUCACCAUGGACAUGAAGAAGAGGCUCACCUUGGAGCUGAGGAACAGGAAGGCGGCUGAGGUUAAAGAGAUGGUUUUGGAUAACUGCCGCUCAGAUGAUGGCAAAAUUACAGGCCUCACAUCAGACUUUGGGAACUUGGAGUUCCUGAGCAUGAUAAAUAUCAACUUAUUAUCGGUGUCCAAUCUUCCAAACCUUGGGCAAUUAAAGAAGUUGGAACUCAGUGACAACCGGAUUUCUGGAGGUUUAGAGGUUCUUGCAGAGAAAACGCCAAACCUGACACACUUAAACCUCAGUGGAAAUAAAAUUAAGGACAUUAACACUCUUGAGCCACUGAAAAAACUGACUCAUCUCAUGAGUUUAGACCUGUUCAACUGUGAAGUGACCAUGCUGAACAACUACAGAGAGAGUGUAUUUGCAUUGCUGCCUCAGCUUACUUACCUUGAUGGCUUUGAUGCUGAUGACCAGGAAGCUCCAGAUUCUGACCCAGAACCAGAUUGAGAAGAUGCGGAUGAAAAUGGAGAAGAUGGAGAGGAUGACGAAGAUGAAGAACUUGAUGAAGAUGAACUUGAUGAGGAGGAUGAAGAUGGAGUGGACGAUGAGGAGGAUGUGGAAGAAGAGGAGGAAGGAGAGGAGGAAGAGGAUGAAGAUGAUGAUGUACCCCAGGGAGAAAAACGAAAAAGGGAUUUGGAAGACGAAGGAGAGGAUGACUUUGAUGAGGAGGAAGAAGAUGAUGAAUAAAAUACAAAAGGCUACUGGAUCUUUUUAUAUGGACUGUCUGGGCUGGCCACCAGUGCAUGUGACAGUGUCUGCUGAUGGGUCACUGUAUACCGCUGUUCACCGCCACCCUGUUCAACUUUUUUGUUUUCCCUUUUUGUGUAGAUGUGUAGGGUUGAGAGAUGAGACUAUUAUGGUCUGAAAUAAACUUUUGUUUGCCGCUUUAUAUUUAAAGAUGGCCAUCUGAGCUAUUUGCGGUGUCAGAUCGUAGGACGCCCUCCACUCCCUUACCCCAUAUUUUUUUUUUUUUAACCCUCUCGCCCUGGAAUUUUCUGUGAAAGUUCUGUGGUUCCUCUGAUCUGUGAAUGGUGCACGGCUGUUUAAAUCUGAGGAUGAUUCCAAAGACAGUCUCCCUCCCUCUAUCCUGCAUCCUUUUGUUAGUCAUGCCUUAAUGUCAAUGUGUUCUGCUUUGUUUUUCUCCCAGAUACAUGUAUAUGAUUAACAUUUGCGUAUUUUGGCAAUAAGAUUUCCAUUGAAAUUGUAAAAUUACAAGCUUUGUCUUUUCAACAGUUUGAUUUACUUCCCACUUGACACAUUUGAUGUGGUGGUUAAUACUGCUGAAACUUAUAAAUAUAAAAUCACAAAUCAUUCAA